AUGAAGAAGUCUUCAUCUCAAAGAAUACUUGUUACAUAAGAUGAAUUUCUAAGAAUUCAAUCCUAUGUCAAUAAAUCAAUUUAAUCUCAUUCUAAACUAAAAAUCAAACCAAAAUCAAUACCUUAAUAAUGUUAAUUCAAACCAGAAGUAUUAAUACUUAUAUUUAUAGAUUAACAAAUAAUCAAUUAAUUUAUAAAGAACAAUAAAUGAUCUUUAUAGAUGGAAUCUAAAUAAAUUAUAAAAAAUUAACUAAAUAAAAGAAGAAGAAGUAAUUAUAUAUCAUCUAUCUAGAUAAGAGAAAUCUAAAAUAAUGCUAAUAGAUUAACUCAUCAAAUCACUUCUUCAUCUGUCUUUAAUAGACUCUAUCAAACCAGGAAAACUAGUGCCUACACUAUUUGUAAUUAGAUAUAUUAUAUUAGAAUAAUCCAAAAGAAAUACUCAUCAAGAUUAACCCUAUUAUACUAAAAACAUGACUAAAUCUAUGUAUUAAGAAUAUCAAAGAUAAUUCUAACAUAUCCAUAAUAAUAUAUAAUCUAAAUCUAAAACAUAAACAACUGAAUAAUCUUAAAUGCAAACACCUAUUUAAUAUGAUCUUGAUUAAGAAUUACCUCUUUCAAUUAAUAAUGUAAUAAAUCUAUAUUUAUAAUUAAAAGAUGAAAAUAUCAGUUCCAAUACAUUAAUAUUUUGAUCUUAAUAAAUAAAUUCAGAAUUCAUCAGAUCAAUCCAAUUUAUAAGAGAAAGAUAUUGAAGUUAUGGUUGAAAAGUAUUAUAAAAUUAUAAUCUAGAUUGAAUAAUUGGUAAGCUAAAAAACUAGAAAGAGAAUUAUUCAUUGCUUAAGAAUACAAUAAUUAAUAAAUAUCUGGUCAUUCGUAGAAUCAACCAAAGAAUUAUUCGAAUAUAUUUUUAAAUAUAUGA